ACUUGACAGGUUAUUUGCAAAACUGGUUUUUGGUCAUUUCAAUGAGUUAAUUUGUGACAAAAACAUUGCAGAUGUGAGUUUGUUGAAUGCUUUUCAUUGACAUUUGCUUCAUGCUUUAAAGAAAAAGAGAGAAUUGAUGCAAUGACAUUUUCAAACACACAAUAGGUCAUGGUUUUAACGUCCUAAUAUGGACGAUAAUGUAGAGUCCUCGCACUCUUCAUUUAUCAACCAGAAAAACACUGUCAACCAGUCUGUCGGACAAUUGCAGGGGGAACAGAAAACAAUCAAUCCUGUUGUACAACAGCUUUCCCCCCUUCUGUCUGUUUUCCCCUUUAGAAUCUAGGAAUGAUGACAAAAACUGGCACUUUUAUCAUGCCAGGAAAAAGAGUGGGAACGGGGCUGGUGCUUUUUUAAAAUGGUGAAAUAACAUUGACCGUCACCCUGGAAUUGUUUUUUUGUUUGUUUUUUUUAUAAUACAAGUCAACUACUGCCACCAAGCAGUUCAUUUUGAUGAUGUGAUUUUCAGUUAUCGUCCCUCACAUGACACUCAUUCUGGACAGGCUGCUUUCAUGAGGCAUCGGAUCAUGCAAGUGACCAAGUCAGCAAGCAUCCAGCAACACUACAGUAUGUACAGUAAGGUAGAGUGAACUCAAUGGCACAUGUUCUACAGCUUCACAGAUAGUUUAUUUGACUGCCUUGUGUUCUACAGAGUCAUGUUUUCCAUUUUCUUUGGCAAAUUGUCCUGAGUGACAAAUCCUUCAACACCAAGAUCUGUUCAUCUCUCCCUUUUUCCAUGAUCAACAUUCCUCCCUUGGCAGAGGUGAGGACAGGGAAGCCCGCCAUCUUCAAUACUGCAGACAUGGUGUAUGAUACUGGUGGCCCUCCAGAUUAGUCUGUUUCCAUGGGUGUAGCUUGCAUGUGUGGUGACCCCCAGCGUGGUCAAGAAUCCAAAAUAUUCUUUGACAUACAAAUCCUACACAUUGGACAAACUUGAGCAACCUAUAAAUACAUUUCACUCAAUUUUAACACUUUUAAUAAUACUUUCAAAGCCUUACUACUUGGAAAUGACUGCAAUAUCCCCUACGCAUCCUGGCACCACAAAGGCAGAUCAAUAUGACCAAAGAAUCUUCACCGUCUGAACAUCUGAAUUACGACGGGGAUUGACAGACGUUGAAAUGUCGAAAUGAAGUUAAAAUUGAAAUAUAUAUAUCUCACUGGUGUUCAUUUAAAAAAAAAACUGUCAGUAAAAAAAAGUUAUCCAGUUCAGACGGAGGCAUUUCCCAGUUUGUCCUCACUUGUCUCCACAUCAAUGGGACACGGCCAAAAGUCUGGAUUUUCCUGGUACCAUUUGACUGGAAGAAAAGAGCAGAGCCACUUGGUCCACAUGGUCAGGCCUCGACUAAAUAACAGCAGAUUUCUGAAUGUAAACGCAACAAUAUGUGUGACUUUGUAGGUGCCUGAAACGGUUACACACCAGUGCGUGUGAGUCCUUCAGUCCAGGUAACCUCAGAUCUCCAGCCCAGCUGCUGCAGCUUCUCACUCUUGAUCGGGUAGCGGAGUUCAACCUGCGGCCUGUGAGUUGCCAGGUACAUGUUAACCACCUUGUUUCAAUGGGUUCUUUUGAAGACACUCUCAGUCACAUGUGACGCGUACAUCGAUUCACUGCCUUGGCUUCAAACUUGUUGAUGCAUCUUUGGCAACUGUCCCAGCCUCCAGCAACUUCAUGGAAAACAUCCCGACAAUCCCAGACAGGCAGCCAGCUGUUCUUGUCACUCAUUCAUUUUCAUCUCGACUUUCUCUAGACCUGAGCUGAAAGACCUCUCAGAGAGGUGCCCUGACCUCAUGCUCGACUCAACAGUCCAGGCUGGAAACCUCUUUUAGAUCAGGCACCUAGAUGGAUGUGAAUACCUGCAAUUCCUGUCAUGUUUUGAACAGCAUUGAUAACUAGAACCGAACCUUAGAAAACUACUAUCUGGACAGAAAACAAGGCAUCCAUGUCAUGGGUCACAAUUAGGGAUGUUUUGCUGCCGAUCACAGAUACCAAUCACAUGGAUUGACCAUGAGUUUGUAAACAAAAUGAUGUGACCUUCUGUGUUCAUGAUGAGAAAAAAUAAACCAGUAAAUCAUUUAAAUUCAUACAUGUUUUUUUAUAUUCCUCUUCAAGGAGGGAAAACAUAGAAAAACCUUGCUGAAUGCAGCAACUAUUCUGUCAAAAGGACAACUGAAAAACAUUGAAUUCAGUGGGAGACGUCACGGUUUGGUGAAUCUCUGGAGACUUUGCUGUGUCCGUGAAGUAUUGACAUACUGGAGAGCGCGGCUGUCACACGUGAUGGGUUCUUGUGAUCGGCAAUGACAGGUAGUGAUCGACAUUCACCGAUCACGCUGAUAUUGGCCGAUCAUGACUGGUGCAUCCCUAGUCACGAUGCUAUUUCUGGAGGAAACAUAUAUAUAUAGAAAUUGUCUCACCUGUCGGGUACAAACUCCAGCCAGUCGUUUAAUUCACUGUCUGGAACGUUUUUCACCUGAUGUAUGUUCAGAAGUGUCACAUGACCACAUGCUCUCCAAAGCCAAAUAAUAUAGAAACAUGACGUUACCAUUUUGACCAGGUCCCGGGCCAGUUGCACAAUAGGAAUCUCAUCCACUGAGCCAAUGUUAUACACUUCCCCCACAGCACCUUUGUCCAGGAGCAACAGAAAGGCACGGACGGCAUCGUCCACAAACAGGAAGUGACGGGACUUUGGCAGUGUCCCCUGGAUGGUACUUCAGCCCAGCAAGGGGGGAAAAACAAAACCAUGUAAGAGAUUGUUGACACAGUGAUGGAUGACCGUACCAUUUCUUGUUCAUCUCCAAGAGGGUGAGGAAGCGUGGAAUCACCUGAGAGAGAGAAGGGGAGCUGUAACUGGCAACUCUCAACAAGGAUCUGACCAGAAACUCUGCAGCUGCUUUGGUGGUGGAAUAUGGAUUGGACGGCUGCACCGGACUGUUCUCGUCAAACUCCUGCGGGAAGAGGCCUGACUCAGACGAGUGCAUGUGAGCGCGAGCGAGUCGAACCCCUGACCUGGUCCAGGCCUUGUCCGUACACUUCAUCGGUGCUAACGUAGAUGAAGCGCUCGGGCUGGUGAGGCGCCAGGAGAGCGGCUGCCAGCAUCACUCUGGUGCCGUCGAUGUUGACCUGCCGGAAACUGGACGGGCUCAUAAAGGACGACUCUGGCGGACCAGAGGCCAAACGCCGUCAUCACAAACCCCAGCAGGACGAACAAAGGUUUGUGACGACUCACCAACAUGCGUUUUGGCCGCCAGGUGAAACACAACAUUGAUGCGGUUGGAGGAAAAAAUGCGCUUCACCAACUUGGCGUUGCAGACGUCACCCUGUGAGAGCAGAGAUAGAGGGGAGCCGUCACAUCUGUCCACAGCCUGCAUUUUUCUUCAGUAUGGAGGCCUCAGCGAAAACCGUGAGUGGACAUUUAAAGAGCGAAAUGGCCAGGAAAAAUAAGGGGCAAUUCAUCACUAACUUCAUGUUCCAUCAAGCUGGUGAUGGUCUGGUGGUCUGCAAACUCGGACACCCAUCUCUGGCCGUAGAGAAGGAGGCCCGCUUGUUGCUCUAUCGGGACAUGGACUCUGACAUGGACCACCUGAGCUGCUCUGAGAAGCUGGCAAGAGCUCAGCUGAUCGUGCCUCUGAGACAUGGGGAACAAAAUGAGACCAUCCCUCAUCAGAGCUCCCCAGUUCUGUGGCAGCUCCUGUACGCUGACACCUACACAUGCCAGGAAGGAUCGGUCAUUCCCUCUCACGCCGAUCUCAGUUUCACGAUCCUGCUGUUGAACGCUGACUCGGCUGGAAACCCGCUUGAACAUUUCAGUGCAGAAGAGGCAGGCCUCCACAGCUUCUUCUCCCUGCUGCUGCUGUCCUACUUUGUAGCCUCUUGCAUUUAUGUCAAGCCUCUCUACCAAGCUCUGAAGAAAGGUGGUCCAAUGCACACCGUCCUCAAAGUACUCACCACCGCUCUGGCUCUGCAAGGCUGCUCUGCUUUCUGCAACUACAUCCAUUUGGCCAGGUAUUCUAGAGAUGGCGAGGGUCUCCCAGUGAUGGGCCGCCUGGCGGAGUUCUGGGAUAUGGUGUCCCAGAUUUCCAUGUUGUACACCCUGCUCAGUCUUUGCAUGGGCUGGACCCUGAGCCGGGGGCACAAGCCACAGUCCAGGCCUCUGCAGUGGGAGCGCUCGCCGGCGUCUACCGCUGUGGCCGUCGGAGGGGUGCUCACUCAAGGCUUGCUGCUGCUGUUGGAGCAGUAUUCUGCAUCCAGUCUGGAGCACCACAGCUACCACGGCCAACAGAGUCUGCCAGGUGUUCUGCUGGUUGCUCUGAGGCUGCUCUUGGCUCUGCUGCUGGCCUCCAUCCUCUACCAGAUCAUCUCAACUGAGAGGAGCACCCUGAAGAGAGACUUCUACCUCUGCUUUGCUAAGGGCUGCUUCCUGUGGAUUUUGUGUCACCCAGUCCUGGUCCUCACCUCAUCAGUGUUUAACAAACACCAGCAGGACAAGGUAAUAACCAUCGGGGUGAUCCUUUGUCAGUCGAUAUCCAUGGUGGUCCUCUACCAGCUCUUCCUCUCUCGCUCCCUCUACUGGGAGGUGUCGUCUCUCUCCUCAGUGUCGCUGCCCCUCACCAUGUCCAGGGCGCACAAUAGAGCGGGCUACUGACCUGAAAUGCACUCGUCUUGUCUCAGGUCCUUGAGACGCAAGUGACCAUUGCACGCGCUCAACACCUUUUUCCCAAUAAGGAGGUGGGUGCAUGGGCAGUUUUGGGAGCUGUGGAGAGAUUCCACAGCAGGGGUCGGGAACCGUUCUGACUGAGUGGGUCCAAAAAACCAUAUAUUUCCAUAUCCAUGAGAGCCAUAUAUAUG